UAGAGGCAUUGGUCCACGCCUCCCCACAGCAAAAUAAAUAAAUAAAUAAAUAAUAAAAAUCAAUAAAUAAAAAUUCCACUUAAAAUGGGAAAAAUAAAAAUAAAAAAAAUAUUUUCCAUCCAUUUAUAAUUUGGAGAGGAGAAUAAUUUGGGGGUCUUGGCCUACGCGGAAUUGUAGAAUUGUAUUUAUUUUUUUUUUGUUCCAAGCAUAGAGACAAAGAAAGAAACACCAUUAAUGGCGAGCUCUUAUACAAAGAAGAAGAGGACCUUGAAUGAAUGAAUGAGUGAAUAUAUGUAUGUAUCGAUAUCCAGGUAACAAGUUUUAAUUGUGUCAAUUGGUGGUUUCUGGGGACAUUUCGCUUGGAAAUCUCAACUGGGUAUCUGUGUUUUUGGUCUCUUCUUUCUGGGGGUUGUGGGGGUGAGGCAAUGAAGGUUGAUGUAAUGGACAAUAUGUGGUUCAUCAAUCGCUAAAGGGGGGUUUGGGUUUUGUUUGUGUGUAGGAGAUUUGAGCCAGUUCUUGGUGAUGUAAGAUUUGGAAUGAAAGCUUUUCUUCAGUAACAUGAUCCUAUUUCACAAUCUUGCCUUUUGUAUACUGAGAAUCUGAAAGGGGAAUGAUUUGGACAUAUAUUGUUUAGAAUCCUAAUUUUCUGACCUAGAAACACUAUUAUAUUUGAAUUGUCAAUGGCUCCCGGAGGCAGCACUUUCAAAGAAGUUCUUGAGUCCCACAUUACAAUAUCAGAUUAUGAUGUAGCAGUAAAAUCAGAAUCUACCAGCACAGUUACAAAGACAGCCGCUGGAUUGGGUAGCAAAAAUGGAGUUUAUUCAACUAAUGGUGUGCAUGAGUUACUUGAAUGCCCAGUUUGCACAAGUUUGAUGUAUCCCCCAAUUCAUCAGUGUCCAAACGGUCACACUUUAUGCUCAAACUGCAAGGUUAGAGUGCAUAAUUGCUGCCCAACAUGCCGCUAUGAUCUUGGAAAUAUAAGGUGUUUGGCUUUGGAAAAAGUUGCUGAAUCUUUAGAACUUCCCUGCACCUACCAGAGUUUUGGUUGCCAUGAUAUUUUUCCAUACUAUAGCAAGCUCAAGCAUGAACAACAUUGUCGAUUCCGUCCAUACAAUUGCCCUUAUGCUGGAUCUGAGUGCUCAAUCACCGGUGACAUCCCAACUCUUGUUGCGCAUCUAAAGGAUGAUCACAAGGUUGAUAUGCAUGAUGGUUGUACUUUUAAUCAUCGAUAUGUCAAAUCAAAUCCACAUGAAGUUGAAAAUGCAACGUGGAUGCUGACGGUAUUUAAUUGUUUUGGAAGACAAUUCUGUUUGCACUUUGAAGCUUUUCAGCUUGGUAUGGCUCCAGUCUACAUGGCCUUCUUACGGUUCAUGGGUGAUGACAAUGAUUCCAAGAAAUUCAGCUACAGUUUGGAAGUUGGUGCAAAUGGUCGGAAGCUAAUAUGGCAAGGAAUUCCCAGGAGCAUCCGCGACAGUCACAGGAAAGUCCGUGAUAGCCAGGAUGGCCUGAUUAUUCAGAGGAAUUUAGCUCUGUAUUUCUCUGGUGGGGAUAGGCAAGAACUAAAGUUAAGGGUCACAGGCCGCAUAUGGAAAGAGGAGUGAGCCGAGCAGCUCUUGCUAGGUGUACAUGUACAGUUAAUUGAUAUCAUGGGAGAUUGGCUAGGGUUUUUCUCAAUUGAGUUUGCUUUCGUACUGAAGCAUAUGGGGGUAGUUGAAAAUCGAGAGGGAAAGGAAAUUCAAAUUGAUGAUAUGGGUUGGGAUUGGAUUGGAUUUUAGAAGGAAUGCAGCAGAAGAAUACGUGUUGUUACACUAGUUAUUUUGUAGGCCUUUUUGCACCAUCAAGACACAUGAACUUGUCUUUAGCUCUCUCAUUGUGUGUCUUGAGGGACCUGUGUAAUACCUAUGAUUUGCUUUUGUAUGGUGUGGUCAAUUAUCAAAAUCCAUAGGCCAAAGAAGUUGACAGAAUUCUAUGGAAUAGGGUUCCUUACCCUUUUUGUUGUAAAAUUUAUGAAAAGAAGUUGCAUUGUUAUUUCAA